UAACCGGGGACUCAUCAAGUCAUCAUCAGCGCGGCGUAGACAUUCGUCGAUGAUGCAAACUGCCAGGGCCCGAAGCUCGCGGGAUUGCUGGACGGGUUGUAGUGGCGUUCUCGAAAAUGCGGGGUCCGACACUGGUAGCUCGGGAGAACCACCUGCGCACUCCCAUUCGUGCCUACACCAGCUUGCGACUCAGCGGGGCUCUCCCGAGUUGAGCCCGCAGCACAUAGCACAUGGUACAUGAGCCACUCCGGCUCCCCAGCCCUGCAGGCGCGCGCGCACGUAUGGCCGCGCCCGCACCAGCACCGCUGUCGGCCACUUCGGCGCCCCCGACUAGCCCCUCCCGUGGCUUUUCCGAACGCACGUCCAGUCGCCCGCGUCGACGUCAUGAUCGCCGCGCCCGGCUUGGCCUGCUGGGACACCCUGCGCUGCCUCACCCGUCUCGAGCACACGCCGGUCGUCUGAGUACCCACCAGUUGAUCGAGGAGAUACCUGUCAUGUCAGCCUACAGGACCAGACACUUAACGGCCUGGACAGGGAAGUGGUCGGAGGCGGCGUCGUCGCAAUCUCUGGAUAAAGGCGAGCCCCACAGUCACAAGCUCAAAGUGAUCAUGGGGACAUUUCCCGGCAUGCGGUGUCUGUGCGGGACGUACUCGAUGUCAUCGAUAGUCUGUCGGAAGGCGUAUCGUGAGGGAGGGAGACGGAUGCAACGAACCCACACAUAGGAGAAGGGCCGCGUUGUCGUGUCAGUUCAUGGCGCGCUUUGCAUGUAGAGCGCAGCACCCACAAGGACCACAGGGAUACGGUUCAUCGUAAAGUGGUUUGACCUAGGCUUUGAGGAUUGUGGAUCGUCGUGGCGAGGAGGGAUUGAUGGGCGGGUCGAAUCGGCAGAG